CAAUAAAUUCGAUGUACAUUUUCUUCUUUACGUGGUAGGAACUUCGUUUUAUCUCGUAGUGUUAAAAACUAAUUGAAAUAAUCCUUGCGGUGCAUGCUAGCAGUAAUCUCUUCUCUAAUUAUUCUUUUUAUUUCUAUAUCAAUAUUAAUCGAAAGCCAAGUCGGUACACAUCCAUUGUGAACAAAAUGUUGUUUCAUUUUUCUUGCUUCUCUUUACCGACUAGUUUGGCUUGACGCUCCGUAGUCUCGAAGAAUUACCUAUCAGUAAGACUAUCAAUUUUCUAUAUAUAGGUUCUUCGCAUACCUCCUUAUGCAAUAAGUUUUUCUUAGUACUUAGUACACGAAAAAAGAAAAUGUAUUUUAUGAAAAAACUGUCGGCAGUUUGCCUCUUUCUUGGAAGUUUGGUUCAAGGAGUUAAAUCCAUCACUUGCGACACUGAUGAAUCAGCUUCUAUUGAAGUGUUAGAAACUUCAGGUAUUUCCUGGAAAGAACUUGGAAUAACUCCUAGUUGUGCUUUGGAUCCAUCUUUGGUAAACAAUUUGACUGACAAAAAUUGGGAUUCGUCAAUUAAGACUAACGAAUGGCUCAUCCAAAUUACUAUUGAUCCUUGUACAUUAUGUCACAAGGAAGAGUAUAUGUUUAAUGAUCUUUCCCAUCAAAUGAAAGAAAAUUAUCCCAAUGUUCAAUUUGGCCGAGUCUACAUAAAUGGCAAUCCUGAAUUGGCUGUUCGUUUGUUAGUGGAAAAGCUUCCUGUUUACUAUUUUAUAAGUGGAAAUAAUUAUUAUAAUAUUCCUCCAUCAGUACUACCAGUGAAAGAAGCAUUGGCAGCUUAUUCGAAGCAUCAAUUUACAGAAUUUACAAAGAUCCAAGGAAUCUUUUCUAUUGCUGGUCCUUUUCGGUUUGCUUAUAAGCUUCUUGGUAAAGCCCUCUCUUUCUACAGUCAAUUCAAUAGUCCGUAUACUCCCCUACUAAUUAAUUCCACCAUGUUUGUGUUAACAAUGCUCUUUAUCCGCCAGUUAAGGCAAAAAAGAAAAGAAAAGAUUCAAUCCAAAAAGGAAAAGUAAUGGAAAGGCAAACCCUUACAACAUAUUUUUCAUUCCAAACGUUCGCAUAUCGCGACAAAAUCGAGGUAUGUGAUCGUCAAUGAGCAAUAAUAUCUAACAAAGAGCUUAUGUACCUAUCUAAAGAUAAAUAAAAGAAUAAAAAAUUUACAAACACUUCACUUGUGCAUUCUUAUUUUUUUUAAAACGAAAACAACUUCAAUUUCGAGAAGCUUCAUCGGUAGAAGGAUUGGAAUGAGACAUCUUGGAAAUGAAAUAGGGAGGCUCUGACAUUUUGGAGUUUCGAAAGACAUCCCAAUUUGUUUGAUUUUCUUCUGUAGGGGUAUUCAAUUCUUCUACGUCGACUGGAAAACUCAAUGUAUGAAAUGGAUGAUCAAUGUGAGAAGUAUCAGCCUGCUCCAUAGCAUGCAUUCUUCCUAUUCCUUCAUUUAAUUUGUUUAACAUAUUCUCUUUUUCAGCAUCGGAGGAAGGAACAUCAAUAGCGACCAAUCGUGAUAAAUGUUGAAACGCCUCAAAUGACAAUUCACCAGAAGGUUUUGCCGUUAAUAAUUUAGCUAGGGAAGAAGAGGAAGGCUUCAAAAAUGCCAUUCUGAUCGUUUCUAAAGUGAGAAUAGAAUCGGGAAUUUGCGAUGGGCAAGUUGAAAAGUAAGAGAAAAGUAGAACAAAAACGACGAAAAACAAGUAAUUCCACAAAAACUACUCUAAUUUCUCUUGUAAAAGAGAACCUGUUAAAUAAUCAAUUUUUUUAUUUUCUUGAAUGGUUGGUUUGGCAUUAUCCAAGUCUAGUCAAUAAUCUUUACCAAGGGCUCUUUCUAAUUGCAAAAAAUUUCUAGGCCAGGCAUGUCAGUGACAAAAUUAUGAAUCCCAAAUGUCUUAAACGACUAUUUUGAAAUAUU